AAGCAGAACAAAGCAAAAAUAUCCAGAGAGAGAGAGAGAGAAGAGUGAGCUGCAAUGGCGGAUUCUCACUCUCUCAACAAUCAGCUCUCUAGAAUUACUUCUAUUUUCGGUUUACGUUUAUGGGUUGUUCUCGGCGUUUGCGUUGGAGCCGCAAUCGUUCUUUUACUGUUUGUUAUCUCCCUCUGGUUCAUUUACAGACGGAGCAACAACAACAAGUCCCUUGAUUCUUCAUCUAAAUCGAACCAUACAAUCGUCCCCAUGGUUUCUAAGGAGAUCCAAGAGAUUCGGGUCGACCCAUCUCGACCUAAUUUCAACCCAACUCAACCCGACCCAACUCCAGAGACUGUGGCUAACCACCGAGAAGACGAUACCAAAAUCCACAUAGAAAUCGGGAAAGAUCAUCGGAUUUCGUACCCGGAGCGAGGAGGUUGGACCGGUUCUGGGUCCGGGUCCGGGUCGGGUGAUCAGGGUUUAUCGUCGGGCUCGGGUCCUGAGGUUUCUCAUUUAGGCUGGGGACAUUGGUACACGUUAAGAGAGCUCGAGCUUUCUACAAAUGGAUUCUCCGACGAGAAUGUGAUCGGACAAGGAGGAUACGGGAUUGUGUACAGAGGUGUACUUGAGGACAAAUCAAUGGUGGCUAUAAAGAAUCUGCUCAACAACAGAGGACAAGCUGAGAAAGAAUUCAAAGUCGAAGUCGAAGCUAUUGGACGAGUGAGACACAAGAAUCUGGUGAGAUUGCUUGGUUAUUGUGUUGAAGGAGCUCAUAGGAUGUUAGUUUACGAAUACGUUGAUAAUGGCAACUUAGAACAAUGGCUUCACGGUGAUGGAUUGGGAUCAAAGAGUCCUCUUACUUGGGAGAUUAGAAUGAACAUUGUUCUUGGAACAGCUAAAGGGUUGAUGUAUUUACACGAAGGUCUCGAGCCUAAAGUUGUUCACCGCGACAUCAAAUCAAGUAAUAUCUUGCUUGACAAGCAAUGGAACGCGAAAGUUUCCGACUUUGGGCUAGCUAAGCUCUUGGGUUCGGAGAUGAGCUAUGUGACUACUCGUGUGAUGGGCACGUUUGGGUACGUGGCUCCUGAAUACGCGAGUACAGGGAUGUUGAAUGAGAGGAGCGAUGUUUAUAGCUUCGGUGUUCUUGUUAUGGAGAUGAUUUCAGGGAGGAGUCCUGUGGAUUAUAGCCGGCCUCAAGGAGAAGUGAAUCUUGUGGAAUGGUUGAAGAGAAUGGUGUCGAAUCGAGAUGCGGAAGGAGUUUUGGAUCCGAGGAUGAUGGAGAAACCGUCGUUGAGGUCAUUGAAGCGUACCCUUUUGGUAGCUUUAAGAUGUGUUGAUCCCAAUGCUCAAAAGAGACCAAAGAUGGGUCAUAUCAUUCACAUGCUUGAAGCUGAGGACUUAGUCGCUAGAGAUGAUCGGAGAAACUCCAAAGGAGGAGGAGGAGGAAGAGGAGAUCAGGGAAUGUCACCACGGAAGACGAAUGUGAAUGAAUCAGAGGAUGAGAGUGUUAAUUUCGCUCUGGUCAACAAUGACCAUUUAGCUCUGCAGAAGAUGGAGAAUCAGUAAAAGAGAUAAGCUUUUGCAUUAUAAUUUUUGUUAACUAUAUUUAGAAGUUUUUUCUUGUGUGUAUGUGUGUAGAUUCUAGUAAUAUUACAAAAGUUAAAAUGUGGUUUGAAAAAGAAAACCUAUAUAUUUUUUUUUUGUUUCACUAGGUGAGGUGAGGACUCUGUUGUAAUAUAGCCUAAAUAUUGAUUUGUUUGUUAUAUUUGUGGUCUCCUUUUUGUAUGAAGGACUUUUAAUUUAUGUUUAUCAAAAUAAACAGAGCGUGAAUUCCAUAAA